AAGCCGCAAUUUCAGCCUCAGCGCCACACCUGAAGUCUUGUUGCGCACGCAUUGUCACGGCUUUGUUUGUCCAAUGCAAGAAGAAACCCAAACCCCAGAGAGGCAGAGACCUCCCUCAACGGUCGACUUUUUCAUCUUCUCUUCUGUUGCUCUACAAUUCCAAUCACUAUCACUCACACAAGGUCCAAUUCAAUCUCCACAUAGCCUUUCACAAAGACGAGCACAGAGAAAUGAUCCUACCGGUCGUAAAGUUGGGAACCCUCGCUCUCAAAACCAUCUGCAAACCCAUUGCCAAUCGGCUUAAGAAGGAGGCUGGCUUGCACCCCAAAUUCAGGCAGUUAAUUAUCAGCAUUGCCCAGACAAAUCAUCGAUUUUCAACAAAAGUGCAAAGACGCAUUUAUGGUCAUGCAACUGAUGCUGCAAUACGCCCACUUAAUGAGGAGAAAGCUGUUCAAGCUGCUGCAGAUCUUCUCGGGGAGCUUUUUGUCUUCACGGUUGCUGGUGCUGCGGUUAUUUUUGAGGUGCAAAGAAGUUCUAGAUCAGAAGCAAGAAAGGAGGAACUGCGGAAGCAAGAAUUACAGGCAAUGAAGCAAAGAGAUGAAGAUUUGGCUAAAGAAAUUGAGCUUCUUAGACACAAGAUUGAAGAGCUGGAACAACUUGCCAAAGGGCGACGACUUACUGGCAUUUUUAACUUCAGGCAUGCGCACGCUAUUGAAGAUGGAAAACCAAAAAGUACAUGAUAAAUGCAAAAACCAAGUACAGAGUUGAGUAUUCUUGCCUAAGUAUGUUUCUACAGUUUGCUCACGGCUCAGGAACUUUAUUAGUACUGUUUUGUCUUUGAUUUCUAUUGGCUGAUUCAAAGAGCUGCCUCUUUGGGCAUUGAAGUCGAAAACUCAUUUCUGGAUAAAUUUCGGUUAUGACUUUUCUGUUAGAAAGCCGACAGUAACUCAAGGUUUUGAAUCCUUUCUUGAAAAUAAUUGAUCAAAUCUGUAUAGUCUUGCA